CGUCGGUAGAAUCGUAUUAUUACUCUACCUAAUCAGCCGGUCUAUGUCUCACUCGCUGGCGCCCGGUUACGGCGUCGCUAUGGGGGAGGGCUGAGGGAGAGCGGCCGGGCGGGAUACGUGGUCAUAAAGGCACAAUCUUGAGAGGACACCCUCAUUUCAAAGAAGAUCAACAAUGGGAGUCUUUGGGUUGAUAUUGGAUUGAGCUGAACUGCUUCACUGGGGGCUUUCCUGGUCAGACAGAUGAUACGUUUGCCUGGGCUGUAACCAUUAAGAUGCCGUCUGGUAACGCACAAGGGCCAGAAGACUGUAAGAACCUCUUGUCUCAGGAUAAAGCUAUGGGGAAAGCACCGUAUCAGCACGGACCUCUGUUCCCCCACCGGGCCGAGAAGAUUGUCAUUACACGCAGUGAUAGUGUUCCUGAAGAGCACGUAUUGCAGAUCACCAUCACAGAGACGACGGUCAUAGAAUCUGAUCUGGGAGUUUUCAAUUCUCGGGCGUUCAUCUACCUCUCACUGUGGUUCUUCUUCAGCUUCUGUACGCUCUUCCUCAAUAAGUAUAUUCUCACAUUACUGGAAGCAGAGCCGAGCAUGCUAGGCGCCGUCCAAAUUUUGACGACAACUUUCAUUGGUUGCAUCAAGAUGUUCAUUCCCUGCUGCUUGUAUCAGCACAAAGCCCGUCUCAGCUACCCCUCUAACUUCCUCAUGAUAAUGUUGUUUGUGGGGCUUAUGAGGUUCUCCACUGUGGUUCUGGGGCUGGUCAGCUUGAAGAAUGUGGCCGUCUCCUUUGCAGAAACUGUUAAAAGCUCUGCCCCCAUAUUUACAGUCAUCAUGUCGAGACUCAUUCUAGGGGAGUAUACUGGAAUGAUGGUGAAUCUGUCCCUCCUACCAGUCAUGGCAGGGCUCGCCCUCUGUACUGCAACUGAACUCAGUUUCAAUCUGCUUGGCUUCUUUGCCGCAUUAUCCACAAAUAUCAUGGACUGCUUGCAGAAUGUUUUCUCAAAGAAACUCCUCAGUGGAGAUAAAUACAAGUUUUCACCACCUGAACUCCAGUUUUACACCAGUGCCGCAGCUGUGAUAUUGUUAAUCCCAACGUGGAUUUUCAUGGUGGACACACCUUUGACUGGGAACAGUGGGAGAAAAUUCAGCUACAGCUGGGACGUUAUUGUGUUGCUUCUUAUUGAUGGAGUCUUAUUCCAUUUACAAAGCGUCACAGCCUAUGCACUAAUGGGGAAGAUAUCACCUGUAACAUUCAGCGUUGCCAGCACUGUGAAACAUGCACUUUCUAUUUGGCUCAGUAUUAUCAUUUUUGGGAAUAAAAUCACCAGCCUUUCUGCCAUUGGAACUGUGUUUGUGAUCAUUGGUGUCCUGCUCUACAAUAAAGCGAGGCAGCAUCAACGAGAAUCAAUCCGAAUGCUGACUACCCAACCCAACACUGAGGACUCUGAACCACUAAUAGGACCGGACCAGAAAUCACAUGAGAAAUAAAACGGCUCCAUUUCUCUUCUGCCAUUGACAUUCUUCCGCUGCUAUAGGGCAGCCCUUAUUAGAUCAACAAGGCCACCAGGGGACAAUGAUUUUCAUAGAGAGACCAUUCAGUUCUGGAUUUGGGUGUUGAAAUUCAGUGCAAAUGUUACUUGAUAGUAUCCCAAAUUCUUCCAGGAACUUACCUCGCGGCACACAAAUUGGAGUUAUGUAUGUGGCACUGUUGGCAAAUCACCUGCCCAUACAAAACACAGGAUCUGACAUCAUGAAUUUGUCUACAUUUUAUCGCAUUAUAAUUCCUAAUUCAAAUGACCAUUGAAUGGCAGAUGUGAAGCCAUACAAGUGGGUGAAAUAACCUUCAAGCCCGGUGGCCUCAAUAUGGGACCAACCACUAAAGCAAGCAACAAUGCAAAGCUAGCUGAAGUUCCCAGGGACCAGGCAAUAUGGCUUAUGCCUGCUUUAGAUUUUUUCCAGAAAUCAAUGGUUUUUUUUAUUGCUCAAAUCCAUUUUUUUCUUGGUCUAAUAAGUGUUGUUAUAUUAACAUUAAAACUUAUU